UCAACGUAAAUAUGUACUUGACUUACUAACUGAGACGGUGAAAUUAGGGGCCAAACCAAGUACAACACCCAUGAUUCCCAACGUGCAACUCACUCAAGAAGGCACACCGUUUGAAGACCCAGAAAGAUAUAGAAGACUGGUUGGAAAGCUUAAUUAUCUCGCAGUCACUCGUCCAGAUAUUGCCUAUUCUAUGCUGAUUGGGCCGGUUCUAAAGAUGAUCGAAGAUCUACAUCUGGUUAUUGUAUCUUUGUUGGUGGUAAUCUUGUAUCUUGGAAGAGUAAGAAGCAGAAUGUGGUUUCUCGUUCGAGUGCCGAAUCAGAAUAUCGAGCUAUGGCACAAUCUGCAUGUGAGAUCAUAUGGAUAAGCCAUUUAUUGACCGAGCUCGGACUGAAGACAUCAAUGCCUGCUAAAUU